CCCGCACCCGGGGCCGGGGCCCGCGCCCGCGCCCAGCCAUGGCCCUCGCCCUGCCCUGGCUGCUGCUCUGGGUGGGCGCCGGGGUGCUGCCCGUGCGCGGCGCGCGGCCCGGAAUCCGGCUGCCCCUGCGGAGCGGAGCGGGGGGCGCCCCCCUGGGACUGCGGCUGCCCCGCGAGACGGACGGGGAGCAAGAGGAGCCCGCGCGGAGGGGCAGCUUCGUGGAGAUGGUGGACAACCUGCGGGGCAAGUCCGGCCAGGGCUACUACGUGGAGAUGACCGUGGGCAGCCCCCCGCAGACGCUCAACAUCCUGGUGGACACAGGUAGCAGUAACUUCGCCGUGGGCGCUGCCCCCCAUCCUUUUCUGCACCGUUACUACCAGAGGCAGCUAUCCAGCACGUACCGGGACCUCCGCAAGGGCGUGUACGUGCCCUACACCCAGGGCAAGUGGGAAGGGGAGCUGGGCACGGACCUGGUGAGCAUCCCCCACGGCCCCAACGUCACCGUGCGUGCCAACAUCGCCGCCAUCACUGAGUCAGACAAGUUUUUCAUCAACGGCUCCAACUGGGAGGGCAUCCUGGGGCUGGCCUACGCCGAGAUCGCCAGGCCCGACGACUCCCUGGAGCCUUUCUUUGACUCACUGGUCAAGCAGACGCACGUCCCCAACCUCUUCUCCCUGCAGCUCUGUGGCACUGGCUUCCCCCUCAACCAGUCGGAGGCGCUGGCCUCCGUGGGCGGGAGCAUGAUCAUCGGGGGCAUUGACCCGGCCCUGUACUCGGGCAGCCUCUGGUACACGCCCAUCCGGCGUGAGUGGUACUACGAAGUGAUCAUUGUGCGCGUGGAGAUCAACGGGCAGGACCUGAGAAUGGACUGCAAGGAAUACAACUACGACAAGAGCAUCGUGGACAGUGGCACCACCAAUCUCCGCCUGCCCAAGAAGGUGUUUGAGGCUGCCGUGAAGUCCAUUAAGGCCGCCUCCUCGACAGAGAAGUUUCCGGAUGGCUUCUGGCUCGGGGAGCAGCUGGUGUGUUGGCAGGCAGGCACCACCCCCUGGAACAUCUUCCCGGUCAUCUCGCUCUAUCUGAUGGGCGAGGUCACCAACCAGUCCUUCCGCAUCACCAUCCUGCCACAGCAAUACCUGCGGCCAGUGGAGGACGUGGCCACGUCGCAGGACGACUGUUACAAGUUUGCCGUGUCCCAGUCAUCCACGGGCACUGUCAUGGGGGCCGUCAUCAUGGAGGGCUUCUACGUGGUCUUCGACCGUGCCCGGAAACGCAUCGGCUUUGCUGUCAGCACGUGCCACGUGCACGAUGAGUUCCGGACGGCGGCCGUGGAGGGCCCCUUUGUCACGGCGGACAUGGAGGACUGCGGCUACAACAUCCCCCAGACGGACGAGUCCACGCUGAUGACCAUCGCCUACGUCAUGGCGGCCAUCUGCGCCCUCUUCAUGCUGCCGCUCUGCCUCAUGCUGUGCCAGUGGCGCUGUCUGCGCUGCCUGCGCCAGCAGCAGGACGACUUCGCCGACGACAUCUCCCUGCUCAAGUGAGGCGGGCGGUGGGCACGCGGCCAGCGGGGGCCCACCCCGGCUGCCCUGCUGGAGGAGACCGGGUGGCGUGCGGGGGUGCGCUGGGGGCCUGGACGGCUCCGGGUCACCUCAGACAGGAGCUGAGGAACCUGCUGCUCGGAACCUCACCCCGCACCUGCCGGCCGCCCUGGCCCUCUGCCCUGUGGCCCCUCGCGGGAGGAGGCGGGUCGUGCCCACACCGUCGCCGACCUCAGGGUCGCGGGGAGUCUGCGAUGGCUUUGGCCAGGGACGGUUGCUGAGUUACCCCCGGAACUGAACUGAGACCGCCAGGCAGGAUCCUGGGACCGAUGGUGCGGCCCACGGAGGACUCGAGGACAAAGGAGAGGCCGAAGCAGGGUGGACCGGCUGCGUCUCAGGCGGCAGCUCCUGGACUGAAUCGGCCAGUGAGACCUGGGCUCUCUGGACGCCUGACCGGAUGUCGGGUGGGAGGGCGGCCCUGGGGAGUCCCUGGCUCUCUUCAGCUCUCUGUAAAGUGCCCACUGAGAAGUUCCACUCGAGCAGUGGAUUCCUCCCUCAGCUGCCCCCACCCCCAGAUCCCCCAGCCCUGCACUCCUCUCCACCCAGCAGCGCUGACCCACCACACCCCUGCACCCCAGGUCCUUGGGGACGCGGCAGGGGUGCUCCGUCUUCCUGGUCGCUUGUCUCCUCCUGUGCGCCAUCCUUACCCCUCUGGAGCUUUGCAGUCGAGGUGCCACGAGGCAAGGCCAGGAGACCCCUCCUGCCCAGCGGGCAGGGGCGUGGUGCCGGGCUGAGCCCGAGCGGCCACUGCCAGGGCUCCCCCGCGGGGCCGGAGUGAGGAGUGUGCAGACCAGCCCGGCCGCUGUCUCGUUGCCUUCUCCCCCUCUCCCUGGCCCUGGCCUUGGCUGGAGCGGGGCAGAACCGGGCCCCUUCCCUGCUCUUCCCCACGCCCGGAAGCGGGCCGGGUGGUGGGACCGUGUCUCAGCUGACCCGAUGCCAGCGUUAGUGGGAACAGCUGCGUUUGCCAAGCAGGCCCGCGGACCCCCUGUGCCUAUCGGGUGAGGAUGGGGCCUGGAGCUGGGGGUUCACCUGGUGAGGGGGGAGGGACGCCCACAAGCCAUAAACUAAUAAAACGAGAAUCAUGAGUCCGUUUUUUUUUUUUUUUAAAUCUGGGUUCUUUUCAUUCCCAACGCGCCUGGUGCUGCUCGGGCUGCUGGGACGCCGAACCCCCCGGGAGCCACGUGGCCGGCCGGGCAGGAAGGCUGGACACUGUCUACUUCCAGCCCAGGACUUCCUGUGUAAAUAAACUUCCACAAUUGCUACGUGA